AGGGGUGGGGGAGACCCGAAGGAGGCGUGCUCAGAUUGAGAGGGAAAAAACUGGUGGUGGUUCUCACAGACAGACUCACUCACACACACUAGUCUCCGGAAUUUCUCUUUUGUGUGGCCUCUUUUGUGGAGUCUGAGAAUUCUAAAUUCUGGUGAACUUUCUGCGAGGACUUCACAAAGUUUGCUGCUUUAUUGUUUGGAUAUGGACAGAAGAAAAAAGCUUCUGCUUUUUCUUGGUUUUAUGUGCACACUGAAGACAUGCAUGCCUCUGUGUGACAAUGGCAUGAACAAGGAAGGAACCAGAUGUGUUGAUGUGAAUGAGUGUGACGAAACCCCAGGACUAUGUGGUAGCCACGCACAGUGCUUCAACACAAUAGGCAGCUACUACUGUCAGUGUCAGUCUGGCUUCUUGGACAUUAACGGAAACAUCAACUUCACUGCGUUUGACGGACAGUGUAAAGACGAAAACGAGUGUAACUCUGACGUCGAGGUCUGUGGUCGCAUGGCUGAUUGUAUCAACCUGAUUGGAAGCUUUCGCUGUAUCUGCCAAUUUGGUUACGCCAACACCAGCUCAACGAGAGACUGCCUAGACAUUGACGAAUGUGAGCAAGCUGAGAACCGAAAGGAAGACAUUUGUGGAAGCAAAGGAAGUUGUAAAAAUUUAGAUGGAAGUUACUCGUGCAAGUGCGCGAAAGGAUACACCAAUUAUGCCAAUGAAAGGACUCCAUGCUCCAAAGUGGAUUGCGAAACCUUUGAUGCCAGUAGUGUAGCUUCACAGCAUUACGUUGGCUUGGCAGAUCUGCUGUCCACAAUGAGAAACAGCUGCAUGGCUCUGUCUAACCCAAAUACGAGCCAUGGAAACAAGGCUGAUGGAGAUGCGCUACUGGAGAUACUUUUGACAGCAUCGGAGACCAUCUUAUCAUCAGUCGAUGUGAACACAGGUGAAGACCUGUUUGGGCUGCUCAGCACUAUGGAAAACUCCAUAAGGCUCAUUGGCCCUCAGCUCAGAGGUAACCGCACCUCAAUGAGCUCCAAUGAGACAGCUGUGGAGAUUGCAGUCCGGAAGGGAAGGUCUCCACCCACUGGACCGAUUCAUCUGAGGACUGAGAACUCUGCACUUGACACCGACUGGGCAACAGCAACUGGAACGGAAGCAUAUCCUGGCUUUGCUAUGGCUGCCUUGUUGAGUUACCAUAACCUGGAGAGAUCUGUUAACCACUCCUUUGACAAGCUCCAAGGAUUUGAAAAAGAUGGCCUUGAACCGACGUUCGAAAUCUUCUCUCGGGUUGUGUCUGUUGUAGUGUCUAACCCAUCCACUCAGAACCUGAGCCACCCGGUCAUCCUCACACUCAAACAUCUCCAGAACAAAUCGGAAGCAAGGUACAUCUGUGCUUACUGGAACGACAGAGGUGCCUGGGCCACAGAUGGUUGCCAUCAACAGACAUCCAACGCCACACACACAGUGUGUGGAUGUGCACAUCUCAGCAGUUUCGCCGUGCUGAUGGCUCACUAUCCCGUAGAUCAAUCCUUUGCGAUCCAGUUGAUCACAAAGAUCGGACUGAUCCUCUCCCUGCUGUGUCUGAGUCUUUGCAUCCUGACGUUCAAGUUCUGCCGUUCCAUUCAUGGGACGCGUACAACCAUCCACCUGCAUCUUUGUAUUUGCCUCUUCAUCGCUGACCUCAUCUUCCUGGCCGGCAUUUUCCAAACAAAAUCUGAGGGCGGCUGCAGGUUUAUUGCUGCCAUGCUCCAUCUUUUCUUCCUGGGAGUGUUUGCAUGGAUGCUGCUUGAGGGGGUGCAGCUGUAUCGUAUGGUGGUCCUUGUUUUCAAUGCCACCAUUCGGCCCCUCUACUUAUUCCUUUUUGGCUAUGGGGCACCCUUGGCCAUUGUCACUAUAUCUGCCAUCAUCAGACCCAAAGGAUACGGAACUGAGGAGCACUGUUGGCUGUCCGUCAAAGACGGCCUCAUCUGGAGCUUCUACGGCCCCGUGUGCGUCAUCAUCUUCCUCAACGUCUUCUUCUUCAUUGUCACCGUCUGGAAGCUGGGCCAGAAGUUCAGCAGCCUCAACCCUGACCUGUCCAAGCUCAACAAAUUAAAAGCUUUCACGGUGACUGCCAUUGCUCAGAUGUGCAUUCUGGGACUGAUGUGGAUAUUUGGAGCCUUCCUGUUUCGCAAGGGCAGCAUAGUGGUCGAGUACAUAUUCACCAUCUUGAACAGCCUGCAGGGAGCACUGGUCUUCAUCAUGCACUGCCUCUUAUGUAAACAGGUUAGAGAGGAGUACUCCAACUUUUUCUCCUGGAUCUGUGCGUCAACGCAAAGACACUUUGACUACAGUAGUGCAAAUCCAUCCAAUAGCCAGUCUCAAGGUUCUCGGAGCGGGCAGAACACUGGGGAAUCCCACAUUUGAAUCAUUCUCUGUUUGUAGUCGUCCUUUUCGAAAGACACGAAGCUAAUUUGAAAUUUUAAACCCUCAAAAUGAACCUUUACUUCAGUUAAUGCGAAUGAGCCAAGGCAUCCGGAUGAUGCUUUCAGGUGCUUAUGUCAAAGCGAGUGUUCUGCGUGAAUAGAAAAGAUGAAACGUCACUCCUUCUACUGAGAAAUAUGUUUCAUCAUGUCAUACAUUUUUGCUAAUGACAAUGCUUUUAAAUAUAGAAGUUACCUGCGGUUAAUAGUGAUUAUGAAAAGCAACUCUGAAAGUCGCUUCUUCUUGCGUCACCUUGAACAUAUCUUUAUCAUUAUAUAAGCUGCAUUCCCCUUGAAUUGUUUGGGCUUCAGUUUUGGAUGCAUUUUAUGAGAAUGUUCCAAGCAAAAUGUUUAAAGUUAAUGGGCCAUGAAGCUAGAAUAGCUUCCAUGCACUGAAUUUCACCACAUAGGGUUGGUUUUAUGGGGGAGAAAACAAAUGACUAAUAUUGAACCUCACUUCACGUCGUAGCUCGAGGCAUGUUCAUGCAAACCUCACGUGGGCCUUCAGUGUGAUGAAAUACAGAACCUAACAAGACUGUAAAGAUACUUUGUACAAUUAGCAAACAACAUAAGUAUUUGAAUCACUUAUGGCUAUUUAGAACACUCUAUUAAGGUAUUCAUUUGCCUUUAGACACUGGUUGAUGGGACAUUUUUCCGAAAGGAUUUCUCAUGAGACACCAAACUCCGUCCCACCCAUUUUGGUGACUGUGCACCUUCCUGCUAUUGAAAUUGUUUGCGGGAUUCGACAUUGUCAUGUCAUUAUCAUUGCUCUCUGCUUUGCUUCGUGGUUACUGUAAGAAUUAAAGCUCGGGAGUAGUACACGGUAAAUCAUUUCAGCGCACUUUUUCCUCAUUGAACAUGCUUUAUGACUUGAAAACCUUCGUUUCUUCAGUUUACUUGAUGUCUUUUUUUUUUUUAAUAGAAAUGAAUCCUAUUAUGUCAGAGACUGUCACUUUUAAGAAGAGUUGGACAAGCUUCUCUUGUAAAUGGUGUUGGCCUGUAUCUUUGUUUGCAUUCAAAUGAUGUCAUGCGAACACCUAUCAUGGUGUAUUAUUUGAUAACUUAACUGCUCUUUAGUCUGAUGUUUGGCUGUAUUUUUUUGUGACCACUUUUUAUUCCUGUGUCGCUUUGUGAUUUCUGGCACCUGAUGAAUGUACGAUUUGAGCGAUUGACCAUGAUGUAUGUAAACCUAUUUUUCUACAUUGCUGUUUUGGUACUGUUAUCUUCAAAAGAAUAUGCAUCUAAUAUUUUAUUAAAAAUUCUACUUCA